AUGCCCCCUCUGGAAGCGCAAGCAUCCACUCCAGCCGGAACUGGGUCGGACGUGUCGGAUCUCGAGCGAACCGCUCACGUCUCGGCCGUCCUCGCGGCCCUCAAGCGCCGCAGCCCCAUCUACGGCACCAUCCUGCCGACGCUGACCCUGCACCGCGUCUCGCAGGGCCGCGUCGUCUGCCGGCUCCUGCUCGACGCCGUGCACGUCAACAGCCGCGGGGGCCUGCACGGCGCCGUCUCCGCCACCAUUGUCGACAUGACGACGGGCAUGGCCAUUGCCGCGUGGGACCUGCGCGACACCACCGGCGCCAGCGCCGACAUGCACCUCAGCUUCCUCGGCACGGCUGCGGUCGGUGACGAGCUCGAGGUGACGGCGACGGCGGAAAAGGUGGGCGGCAGCUUGGCGUUUGUCACGGUGCGCAUCGACAAGGUUGGGGUGGACGGGGUGAUGGCGCCGGUGACACUGGCGCAGCAUACCAAGUUUGUCAGGGCAUCGGCCAAGAAUCCGUCUACUGGCGUGAAUACUCCUGUUUAA